CUCCUUGCGCAGUGGCCGCCAUGUUUGAGCAGGAGUGGGCUCGGGCUGCUAUUUUCUGACGCCGUAUGUUGUUGUUUUGUUUGUUUGUUUGUUUGUUUGUUUUUUCUUCCCCUCUCCGACAAUUAUCCGCGUUCGCACAUAACAUCGACGGUGUCCGUCAACCGCGCGCGUCGUCCGGCGCCCCGAGCGGCACUUGGCCAUGAUGAACGCCAGCGUCGACCUGUCCCGCCGCAAUCCGCAGGAGGAUUUCGAGCUGAUCCAGAGGAUAGGAAGCGGCACUUACGGAGAUGUGUACAAGGCUCGUAAUGUAAACACGGGGGAGCUGGCGGCUAUCAAAGUCAUCAAACUGGAGCCAGGGGAGGACUUUGCCGUUGUCCAGCAGGAGAUUCUAAUGAUGAAGGAUUGUAAACACUCCAACAUCGUGGCCUACUUUGGCAGCUAUCUCCGGCGAGACAAGUUAUGGAUCAGUAUGGAGUACUGCGGGGGAGGUUCCCUACAGGACAUCUAUCAUGUAACAGGGCCUUUGUUAGAGUCUCAGAUAGCCUACAUGUCACGGGAGACCCUGCAGGGUUUAUACUACCUUCACAAUAAAGGCAAAAUGCACAGAGACAUCAAGGGCGCCAACAUCCUGUUGACAGACAACGGCUACAUCAAGCUAGCCGACUUUGGUGUAUCAGCGCAGAUCACAGCAACUCUGGCCAAGAGGAAGUCAUUCAUUGGAACACCUUACUGGAUGGCUCCAGAGGUGGCAGCAGUGGAGAGGAAAGGAGGUUACAACCAGCUGUGUGAUAUCUGGGCUGUGGGCAUUACCGCAAUAGAGCUGGCCGAGCUGCAGCCACCCAUGUUUGAGCUGCAUCCCAUGAGGGCUCUUUUCUUGAUGACCAAGAGUAAUUUCCAGCCGCCGAAAUUGAAAGACAAGGUCAAGUGGACGGACAACUUUCACCAUUUUGUAAAAGUAGCCCUGACGAAGAACCCAAAGAAGAGGCCCACAGCGGAGAAACUGCUGCAGCACCCGUUCGUGUCUCAGCCGCUGAGCAGGACGCUGGCUAAAGAGCUGUUGGACCGAGCCAAAAACCCAGACCACAACAACUACAACGACUUUGACGACGACGACCCCGAACCGGAGUCUCCGGUGUCCGUCCCUCAUCGGAUUCGCUCCACCAGCAGAAGCACCCGUGAAGGAAAGACACUCUCUGAGAUCAACUUCGGUCAGGUGAAGUUUGACCCCCCACUAAGGAAGGAGACGGAGCCCCAUCACGAACCGUGUGAUUCUGAGCCCUAUCUGGACUGUGUUGAGGAGCUCUACUAUACCGCGAGAUCUAAUCUGUUGGAGUAUAGCCACGAUUCGCCCUGCCUGCUCGGAGGAAACAAGAGUCUUCUCAAAUCGGUGGAGGAGGAGCUGCAGCAGAGGGGCCAUGUGGCACACUUAGGGGAUGAUGAGGAUGAUGAUGGUGCAGAUGAUGAUGAAACUCACACUCAUAAGAUGAACACUAUCCUGAGGCCAAAGGUCCCGCCCCCGCUUCCGCCCAAGCCCAAGUCCAUCAGCUCGCCUCAGCCGCAGCCCAAACAGGACGACAGCCAUUCGCACAGCGAGGACGACGGCGGCGGAGGCGGGACCAUCAAGCGCUGUCCGGUCCCGCAGACGCCCAGUCCCGCCAAGCCCGCCUCCAACGUGCCCCCGCGGCCGCCGCCGCCGAGGCUGCCGCCACACCGCCGCAGCAGCCUAGGUAACGAGACCGCGAGCGAGCGCUCGGACGCUGACACGUCCGCCCCGGAGGACGAUGGGAGUUUUAGGCAUUUCUGGCAGUGGCUCCACACGCCUCACACAGAGGAGGAGCUGGAGGAGGCGUGGGAGGUGCUGAAGGAGGUGAAAGAGGAGCAGGAGAAAGAGAAUGAGGACGAGAGGAAUGGCCUCAACUCAUCGCACAACGGCGAGCAGCGCAGUGGUCCCGCCGACAGACAGCAGUCCACCAUGCCUCCUAGUGUUCCCGUGCGGAAGGAUAAGAAGGACGUUCCGAUGCCGAGUAGCAACGGGCUUCCACCUACGCCCAAAGUCCAUAUGGGUGCUUGUUUCUCCAAGGUAUUCAACGGCUGCCCUCUCAAGAUCCACUGUGCCACUUCCUGGAUCAACCCAGACACCAGAGAUCAAUAUUUGAUAUUUGGCGCCGAAGAGGGAAUUUAUACACUCAACCUUAAUGAGCUGCAUGAGACCACAAUGGAACAGCUCUUCCCACGGCGGUGCACGUGGUUGUACGUCAUGAACAAUAAUCUUCUGUCAGUAUCCGGAAAAGCCUCCCAGCUGUACUCGCACGGCCUGCCGGGACUUUUCGACCAGGCCAGACAGCUGCAGAAGUUACCAGUAGCCAUUCCCACACACAAGCUGCCUGAUAAGAUGAUACCCAGGAAGUUUGCUGUUUCCACUAAAAUUCCGGACACUAAAGGGUGCCAAAAGUGUUGCGUGGUGCGCAACCCGUACACAGGCCACAAGUACCUCUGCGGGGCCUUCCAGUCCCAUGUAAUGCUGCUGGAGUGGGUGGAAUCCAUGCAGAAGUUCAUGCUCAUCAAGACCAUCGACUUCCCUCUGCCGUGCCCGCUGGAGGUAUUUGAGAUGUUGGUGGUUCCUGAGCAGACCUACCCUCUCAUUUGCGUGGCGGUCAGUAAAGGCAGCGAGCUCAACCAGGUGGUCCGCUUCGGCACCGUCAACCCCAACCCCAACGCUACCUCGUCCUGGUUCACAGAGACGGACACGCCUCAAACGUGCGUGAUCCACGUCACGCAGCUGGAGAGGGACACCAUCCUCGUCUGCCUCGACCGCUGUAUCAAGAUCGUCAACCUCCAGGGCCGUCUGAAAUCCAGCAGGAAGUUGUCGGCCGAGCUCACCUUCAACUUCCAGAUCGAGUCCACAGUUUGUCUCCAAGAUAGUGUGUUGGCCUUCUGGCGGCACGGCAUGCAGGGGCGGAGUUUCAAGACCAAUGAGAUCACGCAGGAGAUCUCGGACAGUACGCGCAUCUUCAGACUACUGGGAUCAGACAGACGAGGCGACUACAGAGCUCGUCAUGACAGAGGCGUCACUCUGCCCAGGGUGGUGGUGCUGGAGAGUCGGCCGACCGACAACCCGACAGCCCACAGCAACCUCUACAUCCUGGCGGGCCACGAAAACAGCUACUGACACAUGCACACAUGCUAACACCCCGCAUUAAGAGCCUAGCAACUAGCAAAGGGAGUGCGCAAGCCCCCCACCCACCCCCCCCGCCCUCCUGUGACCUCCCCCCCGCACCACCCUUCCACAGCGUCGGCGAGGCGCCGCGGUGCGUUCGAGGGCAGAUGACUAUGUAAGUAACAAUCCUGCUCGUGACGCCCUCCCUGGAGGUGGGACCUCCACACCACUUGUACUACUUAGUCGUACACAUUGUGCUACUACUGCGGCCAUCUUGCACAGAGACCCUCCCCUCCCCUAUGCUAACCCCCUCCCUCACUUUUAUUUAUUGUGGCAUGACGUUAAUCCGCCAGCAGGACGACGACUCUCCUGUUUUUUAAGUGUUUAAAAAAUAUAUAUAUGAGGAGAAGGCUUUCGGCCGCCUCCGCUUAGCAACAACAGCCACGUAAGUGCUUAACUGAUGUCUAUUUAAUUGAUGUACAUAUAAAUGUAGUAUUUUUGGACAGAUAUGAACACUAAAACUGCUCGUGUGUAGUUAGGCGUGUGCGUAGUUGCUCGGCACAAACAAACAGCGGACGGACGGACGGACGGACGGACAGGCAGACAAGGGGAAGUCCGCUGCUCACUUCCCGGUUCUCUGAUCAUGUGACAAGGAAGCAGAGACUAAUUCUCAGUCUCCUCGGAUGGCCCUUUCGAAAAAUGACACAAUAUGACGACUUGUUCGUUCUGCACACGAUUUUGUUUUUUUUAAAUUUAAAAACAUCUUUUUUUAUGCAGUUUUGAUCAUAAGGCUUCUUUUUACUUUUUUUAAUUUUUAUUUGAACCACUGGUGUUAAACAUUUGCACAGAGAAAAAGGUGUUUGUGAAAGAAAUGUGAUGUCUUUUGUGUGUACGCGUGAAUGUGUGUGUGUGUGUGUGUUAUCAAUGUGUGUCUGUACACACAUCUUGUCCUGAAGCAACACAAACGUUAGAGGCUUUUUUUUUUUCCUCUCUCUCAUAUCUGCAUCACAGAUAUAAACUUAAACAAUAAGGAGCUCUUAAAUGUUCAAACCUUUCUCUUUUACUGAAACAGAAACUUAAAUAAUAAAAAAAAAAAAAAUCAAUAAAUUGCUGCAGUAAUGAGACAUUUCAGCUGGAGACAAAGAUUGCUUUCAGUCAGCAACUUGCUUCCGCUGAUUUUCAAGCAAGAGCCCACAUUUGCAACAUGACGCCUCAGCUCCCCCCUGAGAAGCACACCUUGGCAAUACAUGCAGUGCACAUACACACCGUUUUAUCCAGUCCCACUCUGUAAAACAAGUUUGUCCAGCAUGUUUUUUUUUUUUUUUUUUUACGUUCUUUAAGAAUGUUUUGGGAAUGCGAAAACUUGUCUUCUCAUGUGUUUUCAAGCGACUUGCAAUUUUCGACUAUGGUUUUCGACAGAUUUAAGCAAUAUUUUUUCUUAUUUGAAAAAAAAAAAAAAAAAAAAAACCUGUCAAUUAUUUCAAAUUGACACUAGAAAAUGCACAAACGCUAAUGAUUCCGUAAAAAUUUUGAUCCGUUUUCAAAACUCGAAGCACGUUUGCAAAUGUCUUAUUUUGAUGAAAUCAGUCUGCUUCUAUGGAAGACUAGAAAAAUCUGAGAAAUUGCAAGAAUCUGGACAAUUUUGUGUUAAACAAAAUAAACAUCUCUAAAUGAUUAAUCGAUUAUCAAAAUAGUUAUUUGUUGCAGCCCUAUGUAAGACAAUGGAGCGACUGUGGCUCAGUUGGUAGAGUCGUCCGUCCGCUGGUUGAAGCGUCAGUGGUUCGAAUCCUGACUCUGACUGCUGUCGAAGUGUCCACGGAGAAGACGCUGAACCCUAAAUUUCCUCCAGGUCGGUAUUGUAAAGGAGAAACUGUUCUCAAUUGCCUUAACUGCUUAACUUGUUAAUUCUAUCCUCCCCUGAUAAAUUAGAACUUGAAGAAGGCAAGGGGAGGCGUUCACAAUCAGCCAUUUUGGAAACUCUCUGAAGUAAGGCCUGCCGUCAGAUGUUACAACUGUCUCUUGAGAAUCUGCUUGAGUUGAAACCUGGCCAACAUUUUUUGGUGUAGUCCGAUGUUACAGCUAUGUGUUCAGGAUCGGUUUCAGUUGAAACCCGGUCCACAGCUUUGGUGCAGUCAGAUGUUAACGGUCGUGUCUUGAGGAGCUGCCUUUGUUAGAACCUGGUCAACGUCUACUGUGCGGUGAGAUGUUAUGGCUGUGCCUCACGAUUCUGCUUCAUUUGAAACCUGGUCAACAUCUACGGUGCGGUCAGACGUUACGGCUGUGUCUUGAGGUUCUGCUUCAGGCGAAACUUUUUGUCUCCGUGGCCAGUCAGAAUCUCCGUCGUUGUAUGUUAUCACUUCCCCGCUGGCUCCACGUCCAGUCACAGUGAUCGUCUUCGUUCUGCCGUUUGAGCCUGUUUUCAUGUUUCUGUCUGGCUAUGACUUCCCCGAGGUAUUCAAUAAGAGUUUUCCUUUUGAAAAGGGCGGCAAAUAAAGACUCCUCGACCUUUGAAGGGAUUCAUGUGUUUUAUGCUGAGCCCAUCCUCGUCCUUGUUCGAGGACACAAAAUAUGAUGCCUCGUCUUUGGGUUUAAUCUAGGGCUGCAACUAACAAUUAUUCUAAUACUGGAUUAAUCUGUCGAUUAUUUUACCGAUUUGUAAAAAAAAAAAAGCAACUGUCACUCCACUCACA